GAAUUCCCGCAGCCCUUUUGCCUCGUUACCCACAAUGCCUCGCUUCGGUUUCCGCCUCGGUGCCCAGAAUGCCCCGCGCGCAGCGGAAGUGACGCAAGCGGAAGCGGGAAUGGAACCUCCGACGGCGGAGGAGCUGCGGGAGCGGCUCCAGGAGCGGCUCCAGGCCGAGCACGUGGAGGUGCAGGAGAACCCCCAGCUGUGCCGGGGCAGUUUCCGCCUCGUCGUCGUUUCCGGAACUUUCCGCGGCCUCAAAACCCUGCAGAGGCACCGGUGGGGGCGG